UUAAUGCUCAACUUCAUAAAAGAGUCACUAAUUUUGGACUAUGCCGUACUUUUAAGCCUGUAUCCCUAUUCACUACUGUAACUCUUUCACCUGAUCAUAUUGUUCCCGGGAAUAAUGUCAAUGUUACUCUUACUGGAAAACUAGACCGUGAUGUACCCGCAUUUUCAUCUGAUGUAUUGGAGGUUGUAUUCCUUGAACCAAAACCUGAUCCAGAGUUCCCUGUCCCAAUAGUUGACCCAUUUUCUAUAGAAUUAUGUAUUGCUACUGGAAUUACAUGUCCAAUUCUAAAAGGAACCGAAAUUCAUACAACAGUGCCAGUUCCAGUACCAGACGCAAAAGUCCUACCUGAAAAAUACUUAAUUGCGGUUGAUGUUCGGGAAAAUG